AUGGAAAAAGAGGUUCUGUGGUCCUCUGUGUCAGGUUCUGUGGUCCUCUGUGUCGGGUUCUGUGGUCCUCUGUCGGGUUCUGUGGUCCUCUGUGUUGGGUUCUGUGGUCCUCUGUCGGGUUCUGUGGUCCUCUGUGUCGGGUUCUGUGGUCCUCUGUCGGGUUCUGUGGUCCUCUGUGUCGGGGUUCUGUGGUCCUCUGUGUCGGGUUCUGUGGUCCUCUGUCAGGUUCUGUGGUCCUCUGUGUCGGGUUCUGUGGUCCUCUGUGUCGGGUUCUGUGGUCCUCUGUCGGGUUCUGUGGUCCUCUGUGUUGGGUUCUGUGGUCCUCUGUCGGGUUCUGUGGUCCUCUGUGUCGGGUUCUGUGGUUCUCUCUGUCAGGUUCUGUGGUCCUCUGUGUCGGGUUCUGUGGUCCUCUGUCAGGUUCUGUGGUCCUCUGUGUCGGGUUCUGUGGUCCUCUGUGUCGGGUUCUGUGGUCCUCUGUCGGGUUCUGUGGUCCUCUGUGUCGGGUUCUGUGGUCCUCUGUCGGGUUCUGUGGUCCUCUGUGUCGGGUUCUGUGGUCCUCUGUGUCGGGUUCUGUGGUCCUCUGUGUCAGGUUCUGUGGUCCUCUGUGUCGGGUUCUGUGGUCUUCUGUGUCGGGUUCUGUGGUCCUCUGUGUCGGGUUCUGUGGUUCUGUGGUCCUCUGUGUCGGGUUCUGUGGUCCUCUGCGUCAGGUUCUGUGGUCCUCUGUGUCGGGUUCUGUGGUUCUCUCUGUCAGGUUCUGUGGUCCUCUGUCAGGUGAAGAUCCUCAUUCAGACUGUGGCGCCCCCUGCAGGCGAAGACCCUCUCAUUCAGACUGUGGCGUCCCCUGCAGGUGAAGACCCUCUCAUUCAGACUGUGGCGCCCCCUGCAGGCGAAGACCCUCUCAUUCAGACUGUGGCGCCCCCUGCAGGCGAAGACCCUCUCAUUCAGACUGUGGCGCCCCCUGCAGGCGAAGACCCUCUCAUUCAGACUGUGGCGCCCCCUGCAGGCGAAGAUCCUCUCAUUCAGACUGUGGCGCCCCCUGCAGGCGAAGACCCUCUCAUUCAGACUGUGGCGCCCCCUGCAGGCGAAGACCCUCUCAUUCAGACUGUGGCGCCCCCUGCAGGCGAAGACCCUCUCAUUCAGACUGUGGCGCCCCCUGCAGGCGAAGACCCUCUCAUUCAGACUGUGGCGCCCCCUGCAGGCGAAGACCCUCUCAUUCAGACUGUGGCGCCCCCUGCAGGCGAAGACCCUCUCAUUCAGACUGUGGCGCCCCCUGCAGGCGAAGAUCCUCUCAUUCAGACUGUGGCGCCCCCUGCAGGCGAAGACCCUCUCAUUCAGACUGUGGCGCCCCCUGCAGGCGAAGACCCUCUCAUUCAGACUGUGGCGCCCCCUGCAGGCGAAGACCCUCUCAUUCAGACUGUGGCGCCCCCUGCAGGCGAAGACCCUCUCAUUCAGACUGUGGCGUCCCCUGCAGGCGAAGACCCUCUCAUUCAGACUGUGGCGCCCCCUGCAGGUGAAGACCCUCUCAUUCAGACUGUGGCGCCCCCUGCAGGCGAAGACCCUCUCAUUCAGACUGUGGCGCCCCCUGCAGGCGAAGACCCUCUCAUUCAGACUGUGGCGCCCCCUGCAGGCGAAGAUCCUCUCAUUCAGACUGUGGCGCCCCCUGCAGGCGAAGACCCUCUCAUUCAGACUGUGGCGCCCCCUGCAGGCGAGACCCUCUCAUUCAGACUGUGGCGCCCCCUGCAGACUGUGGCGCCCCCUGCAGGCGAAGAUCCUCUCAUUCAGACUGUGGCGCCCCCUGCAGGCGAAGACCCUCUCAUUCAGACUGUGGCGCCCCCUGCAGGCGAAGACCCUCUCAUUCAGACUGUGGCGCCCCCUGCAGGCGAAGACCCUCUCAUUCAGACUGUGGCGCCCCCUGCAGGCGAAGACCCUCUCAUUCAGACUGUGGCGCCCCCUGCAGGCGAAGACCCUCUCAUUCAGACUGUGGCGCCCCCUGCAGGCGAAGACCCUCUCAUUCAGACUGUGGCGCCCCCUGCAGGCGAAGACCCUCUCAUUCAGACUGUGGCGCCCCCUGCAGGCGAAGACCCUCUCAUUCAGACUGUGGCGCCCCCUGCAGGCGAAGACCCUCUCAUUCAGACUGUGGCGCCCCCUGCAGGCGAAGACCCUCUCAUUCAGACUGUGGCGCCCCCUGCAGGCGAAGACCCUCUCAUUCAGACUGUGGCGCCCCCUGCAGGCGAAGACCCUCUCAUUCAGACUGUGGCGCCCCCUGCAGGCGAAGACCCUCUCAUUCAGACUGUGGCGCCCCCUGCAGGCGAAGACCCUCUCAUUCAGACUGUGGCGCCCCCUGCAGGCGAAGAUCCUCUCAUUCAGACUGUGGCGCCCCCUGCAGGCGAAGACCCUCUCAUUCAGACUGUGGCGCCCCCUGCAGGCGAAGAUCCUCUCAUUCAGACUGUGGCGCCCCCUGCAGGCGAAGACCCUCUCAUUCAGACUGUGGCGCCCCCUGCAGGCGAAGACCCUCUCAUUCAGACUGUGGCGCCCCCUGCAGGCGAAGACCCUCUCAUUCAGACUGUGGCGCCCCCUGCAGUGAAGACCCUCUCAUUCAGACUGUGGCGCCCCCUGCAGGCGAAGAUCCUCUCCAUUCAGACUGUGGCGCCCCCUGCAGGCGAAGACCCUCUCAUUCAGACUGUGGCGCCCCCUGCAGGCGAAGACCCUCUCAUUCAGACUGUGGCGCCCCCUGCAGGCGAAGACCCUCUCAUUCAGACUACUGUGGCGCCCCCUGCAGGCGAAGACCCUCUCAUUCAGACUGUGGCGCCCCCUGCAGGCGAAGACCCUCUCAUUCAGACUGUGGCGCCCCCUGCAGGCGAAGACCCUCUCAUUCAGACUGUGGCGCCCCCUGCAGGCGAAGACCCUCUCAUUCAGACUGUGGCGCCCCCUGCAGGCGAAGACCCUCUCAUUCAGACUGUGGCGCCCCCUGCAGGCGAAGACCCUCUCAUUCAGACUGUGGCGCCCCCUGCAGGCGAAGACCCUCUCAUUCAGACUGUGGCGCCCCCUGCAGGCGAAGACCCUCUCAUUCAGACUGUGGCGCCCCCUGCAGGCGAAGACCCUCUCAUUCAGACUGUGGCGCCCCCUGCAGGCGAAGACCCUCUCAUUCAGACUGUGGCGCCCCCUGCAGGCGAAGACCCUCUCAUUCAGACUGUGGCGCCCCCUGCAGGCGAAGACCCUCUCAUUCAGACUGUGGCGCCCCCUGCAGGCGAAGACCCUCUCAUUCAGACUGUGGCGCCCCCUGCAGGCGAAGACCCUCUCAUUCAGACUGUGGCGCCCCCUGCAGGCGAAGACCCUCUCAUUCAGACUGUGGCGCCCCCUGCAGGCGAAGACCCUCUCAUUCAGACUGUGGCGCCCCCUGCAGGCGAAGACCCUCUCAUUCAGACUGUGGCGCCCCCUGCAGGCGAAGACCCUCUCAUUCAGACUGUGGCGCCCCCUGCAGGCGAAGACCCUCUCAUUCAGACUGUGGCGCCCCCUGCAGGCGAAGACCCUCUCAUUCAGACUGUGGCGCCCCCUGCAGGCGAAGACCCUCUCAUUCAGACUGUGGCGCCCCCUGCAGGCGAAGACCCUCUCAUUCAGACUGUGGCGCCCCCUGCAGGCGAAGACCCUCUCAUUCAGACUGUGGCGCCCCCUGCAGGCGAAGACCCUCUCAUUCAGACUGUGGCGCCCCCUGCAGGCGAAGACCCUCUCAUUCAGACUGUGGCGCCCCCUGCAGGCGAAGACCCUCUCAUUCAGACUGUGGCGCCCCCUGCAGGCGAAGACCCUCUCAUUCAGACUGUGGCGCCCCCUGCAGGCGAAGACCCUCUCAUUCAGACUGUGGCGCCCCCUGCAGGCGAAGACCCUCUCAUUCAGACUGUGGCGCCCCCUGCAGGCGAAGACCCUCUCAUUCAGACUGUGGCGCCCCCUGCAGGCGAAGACCCUCUCAUUCAGACUGUGGCGCCCCCUGCAGGCGAAGACCCUCUCAUUCAGACUGUGGCGCCCCCUGCAGGCGAAGACCCUCUCAUUCAGACUGUGGCGCCCCCUGCAGGCGAAGACCCUCUCAUUCAGACUGUGGCGCCCCCUGCAGGCGAAGACCCUCUCAUUCAGACUGUGGCGCCCCCUGCAGGCGAAGACCCUCUCAUUCAGACUGUGGCGCCCCCUGCAGGCGAAGACCCUCUCAUUCAGACUGUGGCGCCCCCUGCAGGCGAAGACCCUCUCAUUCAGACUGUGGCGCAGACUGAACAACUGAAACAUCUUCACUCUUUAUGCGCUGAGAUUAGAGCUCAGAUUAGAGCCGAGAUUAGGUCUGAGAUUAGGGUUGAGAUUGCAGAUUAA